GAAGGUAAAAUCAAAGUGGUUCAGAUGUUGGCUUGUUGUAAAUUUGUUUAUAUUAAUAACAAGCUAAAUGUGGAUUUGCUUUAAUCAUCCAAUCUUCCUGGUUGAAAACCUCAUUUACAAGAAAACUGGACUGAUAGGUUUCACUUUCUGUUUCAUUUCUAUCUACAUAGCUUUAUUUCUAGGACACAGUGUCCUACCCAAACUAAAACAAUUCUGGAUACAACGUUGGACACAGCGCUAGCUACCCAAACUGAAAGUUUCCACCGAAGGUCGGGGAAGUCCAAUUCUCCGCAAAGGCAUACUACAUUUACUGCCUUGGGCAGAGGUGGGCGGGACGCUGCCUGCCGGCCGGGCGCGAUGAUGAGCAGCUGACAAGCCCCGUGCAGCCCAGUCCCGCGCAGCUUCCCGAGGCUCCGCACCAGGCGCGCUUCUCUCCGGCCGCAGGUUAUUACAGAAAAAUGAGGAUAUUUGCUGUUUUUAUAUUCAUGACCUACUGGCAUUUGCUGAACGCAUUUACUGUCACGGUUCCCAAGGACCUAUAUGUGGUAGAGUAUGGCAGCAAUAUGACACUUGAAUGCAAAUUCCCAGUAGAAAAACAAUUAGAACUAACUUCACUAAUUGUCUAUUGGGAAAUGGAGGAUAAGAAUAUUAUUCAAUUUGUGCAUGGAGAGGAAGACCUGAAGGUUCAGCAUAGUAGCUACAGACAGAGGGCCCAGCUGUUGAAGAACCAGCUCUCCCUGGGAAUUGCUGCACUUCAGAUCACAGAUGUGAAACUGCAGGAUGCAGGAGUUUACCGCUGCAUGAUCAGCUAUGGUGGUGCUGACUACAAGCGGAUUACUGUGAAAGUCAAUGCCCCAUACCACAAAAUCAACCAAAGAAUUUUGGUUGUGGAUCCAGUCACUUCUGAAUACGAACUAACAUGUCAGGCUGAGGGCUAUCCCAAGGCCGAAGUCAUCUGGACAAGCAGUGACCAUCGAGUCCUGAGUGGUAAGACCACCAUCACCAAUUCUGAGAGAGAGAAGAAGCUUUUCAAUGUGACCAGCACACUGAGAAUCAACACAACAGCUAAUGAAAUUUUCUACUGCACUUUUAGGAGAUUAGAUCCUGAGGAAAACCAUACAGCUGAGUUGGUCAUCCCAGAACAACCUCUGGUACUUCCUCCAAAUGAAAGGACUCACUUGGUAAUUCUGGGAGCCAUCUUGUUAUUCCUUGGUGUAGCACUGACAUUCAUCUUCUAUUUAAGAAAAGGGAGAAUGGUGGAUGUGAAAAUAUGUGGCAUCCGAGAUACAAACUCAAAGAAGCAAAAUGGUAAGAAUAUCAGAAGGGACUGGGAAGUAGAAGGCAAAGGAAACAAAAUGAUACGCAAUUGGAGGAGACGUAAUCCAGCAUUGGAACUUUUGAUCUUCAAGCAGGGAUUCUCAGCCUGUGGUUUGGGAGUUCAUCAGGGCUGAGCAUGAUCAGAGGAAUGAAUGGGCCCGUAGGAUGCAGGCAAUGUAGGAUUUAAAAGGCCCAAGCACUGAAAAUAGAACCUGGCGAAAGCAGAGGAGGAGAAUAAAGAAAGAUGGAGUCGAACCAGGAGCCUGGAGGGAGACCUUGGUACUUUCAAAUGACUGAGGGGCUCACUCAUGCAUGUGAAAGGGAGAAAGGAUACUUCUGAACAAGGAGCCUCCAAGCAAAUCAUCCAUUUUUCAUCCUAAGAAAACAGGUUGAGAAUCCCUAAUUUGAGGGUCAGUUCCUGCAGAAGUGCCCUUUGCUUUCACUCAAUGCCUCAAUUUGUUUUCUGCAUGACUGAGAGUCCCAGUAUUGGAACAGUAUUUAUGUAUGAGUUUUUCUAUUUAUUUUCAGUCUGUGAGGUCUUCUUGUCAUGUGAGUGGGGUUGUAAAUGAUUUCUUUUGAAGAUAUAUUGUAGUAGAUGUUAAAAUUUUGUCACCAAACUAAACUUGCUGCUUAAUCACUUGCUCACAUCCAGUAAAACAUGGAGUAUUUGUAAGGUGCUUGGUCUCUAUAACUGGAAGUACACAUUGGAAGCAUAAAAAUCAAACUGUUGGUUUGUAUAGGAUGUCACAUUUAUUUAACCCGUUAAUACUUUAGUUUACUUAAUCUUAUUCUCAGACCUCAAGUGUCUGUGCAGUAUCUGUUCCAUUUAAAUAUCAGCUUUACAACUAUGUGGUACCCUACACACAUAAUCUCAUUUCAUCCCUGUAACACCCUGUUGUGAUAACCACUAUUAUUUUACAGAUUUUUCAGCUGAGGAAGCAAACAGAUUAAGUAACUUGCCCAAACCAGUAAAUAGCAGACCUCAGACUGCCAUCCACUGUCCUUUCAGGAUAUAAUUUACAGCUAUAUUUUACUUUAAGCAAUUCAUUUAUUCAAAAACCAUUUAUUAAGUACCCUUGAAAUAUCAAUCACAUGCCAGGCAUUGAAUCUACAGAUGUGAGCAAGACAAAGUAACUGCCCUCAAGGAGCUCAUAGUAUAAUGAGGAGAUUAAUAAGAAAAGGUAUUAUUUUAAUUUAGCCCAGUGUCAUACCAUAAGGAUAAUGUGAGGAGAAAAGCCAAGCAGUGUUGCCAAGAGGAGGAAAUAGGCCAGUGGGGUCUGGGACAGUUGGAUAUACUUAAACAUCUUAAUAAUCAAAGCAAUUUUAGUUUACAAGGAGAGGUCAGUACUUAAAAUAACUCUGGAAAAUAACACUGGAAUUCCUUUUCUAGCAUUAUAUUUAUCCCUGAUUUAUUUGCCUUUGCCAUACAAUCUGAUGCUUGUUUAUAUAGUGUCUGGUAUUGUUUAACAGUUCUUUCUUUUCUCUUUAAAUGCUAUUAAAUUUUAAAUUCAUACCCUUCCAUGAUUCAAAAUUCAAAAGAUCUCAUGGGAGAAGGUUUGAAAAUCUCCACUUCAUCCUCCAAGCCAUUCAAGUUUCCUUUCCAGAGCAACUGCUACUACCUUUUAUUCAUGUUUUCUUCUAAAGAUGGUCUACAUUUGGAAAUGUAUGUUAAAAACACAUAUUUAAAAAAAUUUUUUUAAAUCUUUAAAUGUGUAGUAACACAUUAUAUGUCUGCUGUGCACUUUACUAUUUUUAUUUAUUAUAGUGUUUCUUAUGCAGUAGAUGGAGUGAAUUUCAAAGUCCCCAGGGGUCAGGACCCAUGUCUUCUUUGUUUCUAAGUCAUCUUUCCCAUAACCUUUUAUUAUCUUUCAUAUGAUUUAUUACCUGUUAAAUAUGUGCUACAUAUAUAUCUAGACAGCCAGCAUUUGUUAAGUAUUUGCUUUAGGACUCAGUUUGGAUUUGUUUAUGUUUGCUCAAAAGGAGACCCAUGGGCUCUCAAGGGUGCACUGAGUCAAUCUAGUCCUAAAAAGCCAUCUUAUUAUUAACUCUGUAUGACAGAAUCAUAUCUGGAACUUUUGUUUUCUGCUUUCUCUUGAGUAUAAACUUCACUUUGAUGCUGUACUUGCAAAAUCACAUUUUCCUUCUGGAAAUUCCAGCAGUCUACCUUGACUGCUAGCUACCCCGUGCCAGAAAAGCCUCAUUCAUUGUGCUUGAACCCUUGAAUGCCACCAGCUGUCAUCACUACACAGGUCAACUAAGAGGAUUUCUGGAGCUUUUGAGAUUCAGAUGCUCUGGAAGAUCCCAGUGUUUCCCUUCGCUCUUGUCCAUAUUCUGGCUUCGAUGACAAGGAAUGUCUUGGCUUUGCCACACGUCAAGGCUGAAGAAACAGUAUCUCCAACAGAGCUCCUUGUGUUAUCUGUUUGUACAUGUGCAUUUGUAUAGUAAUUUGUGUGACAGUGUCCUUUGUGUGAAUUACAGGCAGGAAUUGUGGCUGAGCAAGACACACAAUCUGCCCAGUCUAUUCCUAAGUCCUAACUCCUUCUUGUGUUGGAUUUGUAAGGCAUAUCCCUUUUGUCUCAGUUUCAUUGUAAAUGGCAUAGGCAGAGAUGAUAUCUAACUCUGCAUUUGAUUGUCACUUUUUGUACCUGCAUUAAUUUAAUAAAAUAUUCUUAUUUAUUUUGUUACUUGGUACAACAGCAUGUCCAUUUUCUUGUUUUCUUUGUGUUUCAUAAAAUGCUCAGUUUAA